AUGGAUAUUUCGGGCUACAACAAAUUUGCGAUUCUUCUCUGGAAGAAUUUUACUUUAAAGAAACGGCAAUUAAUUCUUUUGGUUUUGGAAAUCGUCCUAAUGUUACUAUUUGCUUCUAUACUGAUGGUAACACGCUACUUAGUCAUUAUAAAAAAGGAUGGACCUAUCAGAUACUCUGCUCAAUCCAUUGAUGAUGUGCCUUCAUUCCUCAGAAUACCCAUCUCUUUUCCUGGUGACUGGGAAUUGGCUUAUGUGCCUUCCAAAAGUGUUGUGGUAAAGACUAUCAUUGAACAUGUGAGAAAUGAUUUAAACAUCAAAAUGAAAGUUCAAGGCUUUUCUUCAGAGAAAGAUUUUGAGGAUUAUGUUAAGUUUAAGAAUGUCUCUCAAAAAAUGCUGGUUGCUAUUGUUUUUGACCACAACUUCAAAGAUAGCCGUGAUCCCCUGCCACUUAAGGUAAAAUAUUAUCUGCGUUUUAGUAAUUUCCAGAGGAGCAAAAUGUUGAUGGGAAAUUUUCAAGUCCGAAGCUGGAGAACAGCUUUUCUCUUUCCACCUGUUCCUUCUAUAGGACCCAGAAACCAAGAUGAUAAAGAUGGAGGAAGUCCUGGGUACAUCAGUGAAGGGUUCCUGAUUAUGCAACAUUCCUUGGAUAAGGCCAUCAUGCUGUACCAUAACAGCACUGCUGCAGAAAUGCUUUUCGAUAAUAUCAGAAUUUUUGUUCAGAGAUUUCCAUACCCAACAUAUUAUCGUGAUUUCUUCUUUGUAUAUUCUGGUAUUUUCAUCCAUUUAGUGAUUUUGUUUAUGUUCUCUAUGAAUCAUUUUACCCUCAUUCAAUCCAUUGUGUGGGAAAAGGAAAACAGAUUGAAGGAAUACCAGCUCAUGAUAGGACUCAGCAACUGGAUGCUCUGGGCUGCCUAUUUCGUCACAUUCGUCUCUUUGUAUUUAAUUGUCAUCUUUUUGAUAUGUAUAAGUUUCUUUGCCAAGAUUGAACCAGUGUCAGUCCUCCAAAACAGUGAGCCCUCUCUCAUCUUUGUCUUUUUGCUGUGUUUUGCCAUCAUCUCAAUAUUCUUCAGCUUUAUGAUUAGCACAUUCUUCAAUAAAGCCCAUUAUGCUAUUUCUGUUGGAGGUUUCCUGUAUUUUGCCACCUACUUUCCAUACAGCAUCGUCUCUGAAAAUUAUGAAGAGAUGACACUUACCCAGAAACUAGCCUCCUGUCUCUGCUCAAAUAUUGCAAUGGCACUGGGAGUUCAAUUCAUCGUCAAUGCAGAAACGCAGGGAACUGGACUUAAAUGGAGUAACAUUUUUACGUCAACCCUAACGGAUAACUUUGUUUUUGCCUAUGUAUUGGGUAUGCUUUUAUUUGAUGCUCUCCUUUAUGGCCUUGUAGCCUGGUAUACAGAGGCAGUCUUUCCAGGAGAGUAUGGUAUGCCCAAGCCGUGGAACUUUUUCUUGAUGCGCUCUUACUGGUUUGGGGAACCAACUGAGAAGAAACAAGAAAGAAGCCAAUUUUACGAGGCAAUUGAAAACAAAUAUUUUGAAGCUGAACCUACUGGUUUAGUGGCAGGUAUCCAGAUCAAAAAUCUGUACAAGGUAUUCCGAGUGCGGAACACUACCAAAAUAGCUGUAAAAGACUUGUCUUUGAAUUUAUAUGAGGGACAGAUCACUGUUCUUCUAGGACAUAAUGGAGCAGGAAAGUCCACCACUCUAUCCAUUCUCUCAGGUCUCUAUCCUCCUACCAGUGGAGAGGUCUACAUUAAUGGAUAUAACACCACAACGGACAUGACUAAAAUCAGGAAAAGCUUGGGCUUGUGUCCCCAGCAGAAUCUGUUGUUUAAUUACUUGACAGUGUCAGAACAUCUUCAUUUCUAUUGUGUGUUAAAAGGAAUACCUCCAAAGAUGCAAUCUCUAGAAAUUGACUGCAUGCUGACUACUUUUAACCUGCAAGAAAAACGUGAUGAAUUUUCACAGUCAUUGAGUGGGGGGAUGAAGCGCAAACUCUCCAUCAUUAUAGCACUUAUAGGGGGCUCCAAGGUGGUGAUCCUUGAUGAGCCAACAUCUGGCAUGGACCCAGUAUCCAGGAGGUCCACCUGGGAUCUCCUCCAGCAGUAUAAACAGGAUCGGACCAUUCUACUGACUACACACUACAUGGAUGAAGCUGACGUCCUGGGUGACCGCAUUGCCAUCAUGGACCAGGGGACCCUGCAGUGCUGCGGCUCUUCAGUCUUCCUGAAGCAGAUAUAUGGUGUGGGAUACCACAUAAUCAUGGUAAAGGAAUCUCAAUGUAAUGUUGAAGAAAUCUCCCAACUGAUUUAUUAUCAUAUACCAACAGCCUCUUUGGAGAACAAUGUUGGAAAUGAAUUAUCAUUUAUUCUACCCAAAGACUGCACAUACAGGUUCGAAGCUCUCUUUAGUGAUCUGGAAAAGAGACAGAAAGAGCUGGGCAUUGCUAGCUUUGGUGCCUCUAUCACAACCAUGGAAGAAGUCUUCCUUAGGGUCAAUAAGAGGGCCGAUUUACAAAGAGCUGUCUAUCCUCCUUCCCUGAUGAGCAAAGAUGUGAGCAAUAGCCAGAAUAUGAGUACAUCUAGAAAUUUUGAAACAGCAGAUUCUUGCACCCUGAAUGAAUGCUCUUCUGUUCUAUUUAAUACUGGGUGUUCCCUCUACCACCAGCAGUUUUGUGCCAUGUUCACAAAGAGGGUGAUGUUCAAUUGGCGCCAUUGGAAGCUGCUCUUGCUACAGAUAUUUGGAUUUCUAGGUGUCCUUACCUUGCUUUUAAAAGCUGAUGAUUUUUCACAUGGUCAUGAUGAACCUGCCAGGGAAAUGAAUUUGCAUCAAUAUGGUCAAACCAUUGUGCCUUUAUCUGUUUCCGGGGAUUCUGAUUUGACUCAGAUUUUCUUAAAACAACUUGAGAGUAUGCUAAUGUCUGAAAAACAAAUACUGCAGAAAGUACAAGGUGACCUUCUGGAUUACCUGACGAAAAAUAAAGAUUGUAUUCGCUCAUGCAUUGUUGCACUUUCCAUUGAUAUGAGCAAAGAUGAAACAAUAUUUACUGUUCUCUUCAACAAUGAAGCAUACCAUUCACCAUCUGUAUCACUGGCAAUGUUAGAUAACAUUUUUUUCUUGUUACUUUCUGGCCCUAAUGCUUCCUUAACAGUCUUCAAUAAGCCUCAGCCACACAUUGGUGAUAAUACCUUGAAUGAUGACAUAACAAAUGGACUCCAGAUGGCCUUAAAUUUGCAUUUUGGCAUGGCUAUUUUGAUCAGUGGCUUUUGUCUCCUGACGGUGACUGAGAGAAUCACUAAGGCAAAGCAUAUCCAGUUUGUGAAUGGGAUCUAUGUCCUCAUAUAUUGGCUUUCCGCUCUACUGUGGGAUUUCAUCAUCUACUUCAUUUCCUGCUGCUUAGUACUGGUGAUGUUCAAAUAUUGCCAAGCAGAUAUAUAUGUCAUGGAUUACCACUCUCUGGACACAAUGUUGAUCUUCACACUCUACGGUUGGUGUGCCAUUCCCCUUAUGUACCUGCUGAGCUUUCUGUUUCCUAAAAGUACUUCUGCCUACAUCAAGCUCAUCCUAUUCAACUACUUCUCAGGCAUUUUCAGUCUCCUUAUAGAUACUACAGUACAAUUCAAUGAUGGACAUAGGCUUUCCAAUGCCUCCAGAAGCUUCAUACUUAAUUUAUUACUGCUGCUUCCCAAUUACAACCUUGCAAAGUGCAUCAGUGAAUAUACUACCAUCUACCAGAAUAAGAUAAUGUGCCUCAACCUAAAACCUCCUCCUGCCUACUUAAAUUGUAGUAAAGAAAAUAUUAAGAAGAAUGUCUUUACUUUGGAAAAGAAUAUGAUCGGAAGGUAUUUGAUGGUGAUGGGUAUUACAGGCUUUAUUUUCCUCCUCUUGAUUUUCCUUAGGGAGAUUAGUUUGUGGAGACUACAUACACUUUUCAAUCAAUAUGUUUACUUUGCCAUCUACAAGAAAUUCAGGAAGGAUAUAGUGUCCAAGGAAUUAUCUGGAGAAUCUGAAGAUCAAGAUGUAGAAAAGGAAAGGAAGAGAAUCCUGGAGCAGCCUCAUGAGUUUCUGAAUGUUCCAGUGCUUGUUAAGGAACUCAAAAAGAUAUAUUUUAAGCGUCCAGCCAUCCUGGCUGUGAAAAAUAUCUCCUUUGCAGUCCAAAAGGAGGAGUGCUUUGGAUUGCUUGGAUUUAAUGGAGCUGGGAAAACCUCAACCUUCCAAAUGUUGACUGGAGAAAAGACUGUUACCUCUGGGGAUGUAUUCAUUGAUGGCUUUAGCAUCAUCAAAAACAUCCGCAAGGAGAGGUCAAGAAUUGGAUAUUGUCCUCAAACUGACGCCCUGCUGGAGUAUCUGACUGGUCGGGAAAUAAUGAUCAUGUAUGCCAGAAUAUGGGGCAUCUCUGAGCCCCAGAUUCACCUGUAUGUGAACAACUGGUUGCACUCGCUACAUCUGGAGCCCCAUGCUGACAAGUUUAUCUACACCUACAGUGGAGGAAACAAACGUAGGCUGAGCACUGCUAUUGCACUAAUGGGAAAGCCCUCAGUCAUCAUCCUGGAUGAGCCAUCAACUGGCAUGGACCCAGUAGCCCGGCACCUGCUCUGGAACAUAGUGACAUGGACACGUGAAACUGGCAAAGCCAUCAUCCUAACCUCCCACAGUAUGGAGGAAUGUGAAGCCCUUUGUACCAGGCUGGCCAUCAUGGUGAAGGGCAAGUUCCUGUGCUUGGGCAGCGCACAGCACCUCAAGAACAAGUUUGGCCAUUAUUACAUCUUGAAGGCAAAGGUCAAGACUGAUAAUGAUGAGGAUCAUUUAGAAGAUUUUAAAAAUUUCAUUGCAACGACCUUCCCAGGGAGUGUCAUAAACCAGGAGAAUCAAAAGAUUGUUAACUACUAUAUUCCCAGCCAGGACAAUAGCUGGGGAAAGGUUUUCGGUAUUUUGGAGAAAGCCAAAGAGCAAUUUCAUUUAGAAGACUAUUCCAUCACUCAGAUAACGCUAGAACAGGUCUUCCUGAUGUUUGCUAACCCAGAUAAAACAGGAGUUGAGCUUGAAAAAAAUGUGCCAUGA